ACCUGGUCAUACUGGAGAAAAAUGUCGUUGAAAGGCCAAUUUAUGCAAAAUCUGCGACGAUUUCGCCUGGUUACGUUUGAUGUAACGGACACGCUGCUGAAGCUUGAAGAUCCCCCAAAGCAAUACCAGAAGACGGCAGCCGAAUGCGGAGUGACUGGCCUCGACAGGAAGCAGCUGGAGCGCUGCUUUCGACAACAGUUCAAAAUCAUGAGCAAAGAAUAUCCAAAUUUUGGUCGCUCUUCACCGAAUCUUGACUGGCAAUCCUGGUGGCUGCAGCUGGUAUCGGGUACGUUUAGGUGCGUGGAUGCCAGCCUGCCGGCCGACAAGCUGGCCACGAUUGGGCAACAGCUCGUACGGGUUUUUCGCACCAGCGCCGGCUGGCGGCAUGUCGACGGAGCAGCCGAUUUGGUCCAGCGGGUCCGCGAUUCUGGCAAAUCUGUGGGCAUUAUAUCCAAUUUCGAUCCGUCCCUACCACAAGUACUCCAGGCCAUGGGUUUUGCCGGAAAGUUCGACUUCAUUCUGACCUCCUACGAGGCUGGCGUUAUGAAACCCGAUACGCGCAUCUUUAAGAUGCCACUGGAGCGCUUGAAAAUUUCCCCAGACCAGGCCCUGCACAUUGGCAACAAGUUCGACAUGGACUAUGCUGGGGCCCGCAACAGUGGCUGGAGCGGAUUGCUGGUGCAGUCGACGGAGGGAAACAAACAAGGCGACAAACACUCGUUCGCAAGCCUGGCCGCCCUUCUGAAGGCCCUCGAGACCCAAGAGAUUGUCUGGUGACGUGACGCAGUGAUUAUUCUUUCGCCUCUUUGUUUAAUGCAUAACUUACUGGCUGCACUUAUGUUUACAAAAAUUAUGAAACGAAACAAAGAUAUAUAUAUCUAUAUGUGUGUAAUGCAUAAUCUAAGGCUAAUCUUAACAUAAUACGCGCAUACUUAGUCACGGCUCUGCGUUGAUCGAAUGCUAAUUGCUCGAUGCGAUGCGAUGUCACACGAGUAUUGGGGAUGUGAAAAAGUCAGACUCAUCUUACAUGCCUAGCCUAACAUGCGGAUUAAGCUAUUACCUGAUGACUUAUUGAAUAUCUUCGUCAAUAUAUGUACACAUUAAAUGGUCCCAGCCUUGGAAGACAAUGCUGGGACAGACACACA